GGGGAGUGUAGGAUCCUAUUAUCCCUGAGAGUGGACACGCUGCUUCCUCACUGUGCCUCUCUGGGCUGUGCUAGCUGAGGACCAUGGCCUGCAUACUGAAGAGAGUGCCCAUCGUAGCUGUCAGUUCUGUAUCAGUAUUUUUCUUCCUUAUUGUGCUUCGACUGAUAAAUGAAGUUAAUUUCCUCAAAGUGCUCACUUGCUUUGGACAGACAAGUGCCAGAUGUGUUCGUGUUUCUGAAGCACAAAGACGGACAUUCACAUAUCACAGCGGAUACAUUAAUAUCAAAACACAUGAGCCUCUACAAUUAGACUGCGGUUACUGCGCAAUUGUUUCAAAUUCAGGACAGAUGAUUGGACAGAAAGUUGGACAUGAAAUUGACCAGUCUUCAUGCAUUUGGAGAAUGAACAAUGCCCCCACCAAAGGAUAUACAGAAGAUGUGGGGGAGAGGACUACAAUACGGGUAGUAUCACAUACCAGUGUACCUCUUCUGCUUAGGUACCCAGAUUACUUUUUUAAGGAACAUAACCAUACCAUAUAUGUUAUAUGGGGGCCUUACAGAAACAUGCGGCAGGACGGUAAGGGCACUGUCUACAAUAUAUUAAAGAAAACCAUUGAAAACUACAGCAGCGCUAAAAUUUAUAUAACAUCAGAGACUCGGAUGAACUACUGUGAUAGUAUUUUUAAAAUGGAAACUGGAAAAGAUAGAGUUCAAUCUGGCUCCUAUCUAAGCACUGGUUGGUUUACCCUGAUUCUUGCAAUGGAUGCCUGCUAUGGAAUUCAUGUCUACGGAAUGAUAAAUGACACUUACUGCAAGACAGAUGGCUUCAGAAGAGUCCCUUACCAUUAUUAUGAGCCAGGAAGAUAUGAGUGCGAUGAGUAUUUUCUGCAUGAAAAUGCACCAUAUGGAGGUCAUAGGUUUAUCACUGAGAAGAGAGUAUUUGCUAAGUGGGCGAAACAACACAAUAUAACCUUCACAAAUCCCGAAUGGACACAGUAUUGAUUGUGCUUUCCUGCAUCACUGAUUUCAUGCUGUAGACUAAAAUGGCACAGGAAAUGGCAAUUUGGGAAUACAAGAUGCUUGAAAAGGAAGAUUAAUAAUGCUGAAAAACCAUAAGGAGCUUUAAUAUCUUGUUUUCGGAACACAUUUGAUGUUGCUCUCUUCUUACUAGCUUUAAGCUCUAAACUUUAAUGGUGAAGAAUUAAAGGAAAGGGACUAAAACUUUUAAAGGGACAUUGUAAUCCAAACUCUAAUUGGUUAGAGCAUAUCAUUUAUUGCACUUCUCACUGUGGUAUUCUAUGUGUUAAACAAAAACAGCACCCAAACUGAACACGGCUAGUGGUUGGCAGGGUUGUGCGACAGCAGCUGCCAAUCAACAGCUGUUUCCUGUACAAGAUUCUCAGUACUCCGCGGCUCUUUAGUUAUGUGUUUAAGGCCUUUGGGAUGGGUUAAGCACACGGACUUCCGUAGCAAGUAAUGGGAAAAGGCCACAAUUAAAUUAGAGGAUGUCAUUUUCUCACAACAAUGUCCUUUUAAAAGCAUUGAAUGAAGUACUUUAAAAGAAUUCUGGGUAUUAAAACAUUUUUGAGACAGCAAUAUUUACGUUUUUUUUAAGAUGUAUAAAUGAUAAUCAGAAGGUCACCCAUCCAUAACAGGAAUGCUUAAUUAAUAGUGAUAGCUGAUUCCUGUCACAUCAGUUCAGUAAAAUUGCUGUGUGAUGUUUUACACUGUGAAUAGUUCUCACAAAGUGCUCAAUGAUCUAAAGGUCUCUGGGCUGAUGAGAUUCUCUAAGAAAGCUCACCAGUACUUCUAUUCACCUGGUGAAAUUCUUUAAAUACACUUUUUACCCUGCAAUGGGGCGUAUACUGGAUUUUCAUAUGCGAAAGACAUGCAUACAAAACAAAAGUGCACAAUGAAAAUCGGAAUUGAAAAAUCAUACAAAACAAUUAUUUAAACCAUUCACACAAAAAUACGUAGGAACAAAUUGUAUUGUUAAGGGGCAUCAAAAAUUGUUCACCAAAAUCGUAAUUUAUCAAAAAACAAACAAAUAGAAAUUCAUACUGAUAAGUACAAAAUACAAAGUGUAUUUUUUUUUUUUUAAUCGUAGAAUGGGCUGAAAAUGGGUGUUCCAUGGGCCUGGAUGAAAUUGUCUCUCAAAUCCAAGCAUAAUUAUCUAAACAUUUCAACCCUACAGAUCUCACUGUUUUUUCUUGCAACUGAAAAGGUGUUAAGCUUUUAUUAAAAUACUCAAAACACUAAUUACUCUGAAAGGAAAACAGCAAUUUUAAGGUACAGUGCACUGAAAAGAGCGUUUUUUUAUUUUUUUUAUUUUAAAUUAGGCCCAAUAUUAAAGUUUAAAGGUUCUCCCUGUGUACUUCGUCCUCAAUUGCGAACUUUUGCUUAGCAAAGUGCUCUCAUUAUUUCUUUGGGAGACAGCUCUCCACUCGCAGGAAUGGCCCAUUUUCUUUGAUAAUUGCACCAAGAUUGUCCCUGCAAGCUUAAAAUGUUCAAUUUUCACAUUUUUGGUGGUGAACUUUUGAUCAUCAGGCCCUCAGAAUGUUUAUUAAUUUACAAAUCUGUAGGUCAUAUUUAUUAACCAUGCACGCUAUAGCUUGUUUAGAGGUAUUCACCACAUUUCUGAAAGACAGAAAUAUGCAAAUGCUCACUAGAUAUAUUUACAACAUGUGAGUUUUAUUAAUUUUACUAUCACUAUUUUAUGUUACCUACAAAUUUAGAAUGUAGUUGUCCCGAAAUUUCCUAGAGUCUAUACAGGAUGGGAAGGCUAUUGCCUAGUCAGGGAGAUCAGGGGAGGGUCAUUACAAACUAAAGUGGAGUCACGGUGGGUUUGAGUGGGGGAUAGAGAGUUGGGUAGAGUUGGCCAACCAGGACAUGGCUAAGUGGCCAUUAGCAAGCCAAAUCUUUGUAUAUGAUCCUGGGGAAUGGUGGGAGGGGUUACGUAUAUAGUGUCCCAAUUCAUGACAGUUCUAUAAAAUGGGAAUGGUUAGGAAGUCUGAUUUAAAUAAGCGAAAUUAGAUUCACAUAUUUUAUGUAGGAUUACAAAGUUAAAUAGCUACAAUAUUAGUCCCAGAUCUGAUUAAGGUGAUCCUAGGUUGUGUUUAAAGACUUCUCACUGGUCUAAUGCAUUGGCAAUGACACUUGUGAGGUUGGCUUGUGUAGCUUAUAAGGAAUUUAGUGGUAAAAAAAAAUACAUUAGAAAACAAUAUAUAUAUUUAAUUAAUUUUUGAAGUCCAGACAGGUGUCUUCACAAUACAACUAAUGACCAACCACAAACAGUUCUUAAAAUAUGAACAAUACAAGACCCAUUGUUUUUGAUAGUACCUAGCUCGUAACAAGGAAUAAAGUUUCAGCACACUCACUAAAAAUAAAAAAUGUUGGCUGUAUUCUAUGAUUCUAAACAAAUUCCAAAUGUUUGCUGAGGACUCACAUUUAUUUUUGCAAAUAUUGGUAUUGGUAUUGAAUAAAGUAUUUGAUUAUAGAAUCUAACAUUCCCACAGAGUUCAAUGUAAGUCUAUGGGAAUUAAUAUUGAAAUGUAAUAUCUGAAUGUGACAUGGGAUAUUGCAGACUUAGCAUUUGCUAAUUGAAUUUUAUCAUUUGCUUCAUGGAAUGGAAUGGAAAAAAGAAUGACAAUAGGAAUGUUCAUUCUACCCUCCAAAUAUCAAAUCAGAGGCAUUCACACAUCUCUACUCACUACUUGCUUUCACUUUGAGUUCCAGCUUCAUUUUUUUUUUUAAAUCUCCAAGUAAUGAUGCAUUUCAAGUUUCUAAAACAUGUGAGAUUCAUUGCAUGUAGCCCAAUGUCAUCCAACCUUCUUCAGCAGCCAGGGGAUUAUGUUUCACAGACCCUAGAAAAUAAAUGCAGUUGUCAGUACAAUUCAGUGUGUAAUAUUGAAUAAACUUAGGAAAGAUCAAAUUAUCUGAUGAUCUUAUUUGUGUUGUCAGUCUCUGUUUAAGUCCCAUUUCUCUUUGGAAAACCUGAGGCCAUCUAAACUCCACCCUGAGACUACCUAGAUUUCACUACUAUGCCUAGACUUGUUCUUGAACCAUAUACUUACCAACAUACUUCUCCCUUCUUUUGCUUCUCAUCUACUUCCUUGGCCUAGGGAUUGUACUAGCUGAAUUAAUUAUAGGCCACUGUUACAGUGCAGUGCCUAUAAUUCCAUCCAUUGCUGUUGUAAACUGUAUUAACAAGUGGUAAAAAGUAUUGCCAUUAAAUUCUGUGAAAUUGUUUUAUGUAACCACGGUUUGCACAAUUUACAACAAAGGAAGCUAGGCCAAAUAUAGAAAAAAAUGUAAAGAAUAAACUGGGGCUAAUGUGCAGAUAAGUAAAUAGCUUCAGACACAGGCCCAGAUUUAACAAAGACCGGCCAGACAGGGGCGUGCUUCUUCUGAAUGCCAUUCCCUGCUUGUGAGCAGCCAAUCGCACGCGAGCAGGGUCUGUCAAUCUUCUUAGUCAGAAAAGUCUGUGGGAUUGAGAUUGAGAUAUGCCACUUAACAGUUGGCGUAAUAGAUUAAGAAGCAGUUCCCAGGUUAGCGCUGAUAUUACAAAUUGAAAGUAAAAAUUUAGCGCACAAGAGAAUGGCUCAGGCACACUAACUUCAGGAACUCCCUCUCCCCUAUGGGGUGUGCAAAAGAAAGCUCUUUCGAUUUAUUGCUCGUGCACUAACCCGAAACUGUGCUAGACCAACUGCGAUAAAA